UAAUAAUGGAUCACGUAAAGCUAGUUCAGGAUCCCAUUGACAUCACCCACAUCCAUCAAUUGCUAGCUGAUGAGGGCUGUGGUGCCUCAUCGGUUUUUGUGGGCACCACGCGUGAUAAUUUUCAGGGCAAAAAGGUAGUGUCGUUGGCGUACGAGGCCUACGAUAACAUGGCUCUUAAGGAAAUGAAAAAAAUCUGCUCAGAUCUGCGAUUAAAGUGGCCCGAGUUAAAGCACAUAGUCAUAUAUCACCGAUUGGGAACUGUGCCCGUUUGCGAGGCCAGUGUAGUUAUUGCCACUUCAUCGCCACAUCGUUCCGAGGCACUAGAAUCAGUAUCAUUUGCAAUAGACCAGCUUAAGACUCGCGUGCCCAUCUGGAAAAAGGAGAUAUACGAGGGCGAUCACAUCAGCGAGUGGAAGGAAAACAAGGAGUCCUUCAGGCCCAAGAAGUCUCUAAGUGCCUUUAACUACGCAGCUUGUCCCUGCAAAGUCGAGGAGUCACAUGACGUACCUCGAUCUCUGGUGCAAAUUAGAGUUAAUGACACCGAGUUAGCCAAGCGGCUAGAAUGUUUUGUCAACAGAAAGCGAGCCGAAAUUAACUCACAAAACGUAAUUGACUUUAAAUCACCUUUUGUUGACUCUGAUAAAGACUUAAGCGACUCCUGCGCUCGAACCCAAAGCACAAUUAUAAAGCAGGAGCACUCAAAUUGCCAUUUAAAAGUGCGACGGGUAAACAAUCGCUGUGGCCCCCAGCAAAUGGAGUUUCGGCCCAACUACGAACUUGAACUAAAUAAACUAAUGGGAUCGCGUGACGGGCUAACCGAUCCAUCCAAAGAAAUGAGGAAAUCACUGCCUAACUCACGUUUACAGGCUAUUGAAUCAUACAUGGGCCUAACCACCGAUAAUGAAGAGAACAUUUUUUGUAGAAUUAAAAAGGUUGAAAACAGAAUGCUGCAGUUGGAGUCCAUUUCGCCAGAGUACAGGCACUUUACAAAUCUUGAGCCAUCUUCUAAGGAACACCCGCUGCCGAAAAGAAUCAAAAAGAAAUCCUAUUCUGCACACGAACUAGGUACUUUCAUUCAAAAAAUGAAAGAUGGUCUCGAAAAUAAAGAAUAAUAGAAAUAAUAAUUA